CUCUUUUCAGCUGAUCAACGCUGAUCAUAGCGACGUCUAGUCAAUUCGUUACCGCUGCGUGUUAAUGUUGGUUGAUGAGUUUUCGCGGUAGAACUACCAAUUGUUCGAGUUCGAGCCGAAUGAUCACUUGAGCGAGUUCUCCCGGCUCGCGGUCCAUGUGGUGGUCGAGGAACAGUCCAUGAGAAACGCUACCUGUCUCGCACCGAGGGAACCAUGUCGGCGCCCCAGGGUUUUCCGGAGACUGGAACUCUUCUAGAAAACAUACCGAUUUCAUCAGGACUCGUCGUUUACAUCGUCAUCAUGCGAAUUGUGAUCCCGCUAUUCGGAAUCCCAAUUGAUCCGAUCGAUUACAAUACGGAGAGCAUUAUCAACGAUGGCCAGUUCUGGCGUAUCCUGACGUCCAAAUUCUUCUUCACCGAGACCAGAGACCUGAUAAGCGCUGUCUUCCUACUAUUCUAUAUGCGAGGCGUCGAACGACGUUUUGGCACCGGGAAAUUCGUCGAGUUCCUGCUCGGGAAUUUUAUCAUGACCUGCCUUGUCGAACUCUUCAUGAUCCACCUGCUGAAUUACCUUGCGCCCGGCUAUCUGCCGUCCUUGAUACCUCCCGGACCGUUCUUCGUCUUCUUCCCGAUGAUCCAGAGAUUCGUGACUGAAUUCCCCCCGGUUUCGAGAUCGUCUUACGGCUCUGAUCUGCCACUGAUUACCCCGCUGUUCCUUUUGGGCACCGUUGGCAUCGAUCUGGCGUUCGCGCCGACACCUAUCUACUUUCCCAUAGGUUGCACCCUGCUCGCUGGGGCUUUGUUGAACGACGAUUUCCUAUAUCUGAAAAGCAUGAUCCGAUUACCGCGAAGUCUUUUCCCGAAAAGACCUUGUGACGUGUCGACUCGGAAAAUCGGAGCUACGAUCGAGGCUCAACGGAGUAUGCACUCGGAGUAUCUCGAACAGCAAAUGAUCUACAAUUUCAGCAGCUUCCGAGCACCGCGGAACGUGGUAGUUCCCCCGGAAGAACUGGUUACGCAGCUGACGGAAAUGGGAUUCAACAGAGAGAAUGCAAUUCAAGCAUUGCAGAGCACGAACAAUAAUUUACAAAUGGCCACCAACAUUCUAUUGAAUCAGUGAAGAAAAGGAUGUGAAAAUAAGGUUGUCUUUCCGUUAAACGGUGGGGAGGGGAAACUCCCGUGAUCGAAGGGAGUCAGCCCAUGUCCCAGGAUAGUUUCAGCGGAUACGAAGUUUUGCAGCAGUCUGUAAAUUAUGUACAUUUUGCCAGUAGCUCGAGCUCAUCUCGGGAGCUUGUCUCGGAACUUCUGUUCGAAGCGUCCGAAAUUGUGGGC